CCAGCUGGCACCCAGCACGCCUCUCCCCCUCUCCCCACAGGCAGGCAGGGAAGUGGGGCCCUGGCUCCCCAGCCCCAGCUCUUUGCCCGGCUGGGAAGAAUGCGAAGCCUCAUGCUGCUGUGUCUCUGUGCCGCCCCAGCAUCGGGUGAGUGAAAGAGGUGGCACGAUCUGACCCUUACGUACUCCAGACCACGCCACCGGCUCGGCCCCACAUGGGAGUGAGUCUGGGUGAUGCUGGCAUCAGUCCCAGAUGAGGUCAAAGCUGGGGACAGCUGUGGCUAGGGGCAAGGGGGCAUCAGAGGGAGGAGGGGGGCAGCGGGAGAGCACAGGGCCAGGCGCACCCAGCGACAUGCCCCAUUUCCCUGCAGCCUGCGGGAUCCAGGCCAGCCCUUCCCCGUGGAGAUCAGUGCAGGAGUUCACAGCCACAGACCAGUUCCCGUGGGUGGUGGCACUGCAAGACACGCAGCACAACCUCCUGGCCUUCGGCUCCAUCCUGAACGAGCACUGGAUCCUCAGUGCUGCAUCCAGCCUACAGAGCAGGCAGCAGGUGCUGGCCUUGGUUGGGCUGAGCGCCAUGAAGAGGCGACGGGAGGACCAGCCCCAGUAUUCGAUCAGCUCUGUCAUCCCCCACGAGGACUUUGACAAGGUGACACUCUACAACAACGUCGCUCUGCUCAGGACAGCUGCCCCACUGGAGUUCAGCAGCAUCAGUCAGCCUAUCUGCUUUCCCCACGGGAGCCUCUCUGCCUCAGACCUCGUGAACUGCUGGGUCUCAGGCUGGAUACAUCCCACCACAGGUAAUCCCCGGCUCCUGUGGGUGACCGUCUCCGUGCAGGCCUGCGGGUGCUGCUCCUGGUCCCUGGACCUCUCCCGCUGCCGGGGCCUCCAAGGGCCUUGGGGUGAUGCCGGCAACCCUGUCAUGUGCCAGAUUAGAGGGACUGAGAAAUGGGUCCUGAAAGGCAUUCUCAGUGAGGGCGGCAUCAGAUGCUACAGACCGUUCCUGUACACCCCAGUGUCCUACUACAGCGACUGGAUCUUGGCCACCACCGAGAGGACAGGACCUCCCGCACUCCCAACACUGGGAAUCCGCUCUGGUUCCUCCCGCAUUAAGUGGUCACCAGGGCUUGCCCAGAAAGAAAGGACAGUUCCUGUGAGCAUGUCGGAUUUGAUGACCAGAGAAUAA